GGGGCCUACCAUGAACUCUUAUUGCGAGCCUAUUGACAACCUACAACUGAGUUGCAUCGCUAAUUCGUACCAUGACAUCGAAAAAACGAGACAGUUUAGGUUCCCACGUGACCUUAGCGGUUAUCAGAUUUCGUUCGUUCAAUUUGUAUGAAAAUCCGUACCAUGACCGCUCGGCUGAACCGAAAUUUGACAGUUGCGCCUUCCAACUAUGACAGAAUAAGCGAUUCUAAAAAAGUUACUUUUUGAUCAACUUUUUUGUGUCGAUAGUAUCCAAUUAAUAAUUUAAUAUUUAUUUUCGAAGUUAAAUAAGUUUGUUAGAAUGUCAGGUAUCAUGCUUUCUUUCGAGUUUAUUGAAUUGGAAAAUGAGGAAAUUCAGAAUAAACAACUACGAAGACAGGAAUUGCGACGACAAACCGAUCCUUUUUUAGACCUAGAUGAUUCCGAAUUUAUAAAACGAUAUCGGCUUUCAAAGGAAUUAGCUCAAGCUUUGUGUGAUGAAAUAAGACCCCUUUUAAGACAACCAAAAAAGUCUACAGAUUUGUCGGCUGAGCAAAAGGUUUUGACAACUUUAUCCUUUUAUGGAACCGGUUCUUACCAAAGACCAAUUGGAGACAUUAGUGCGCACUCACUUGCUCAGCAAACUGUGUCCAAAGUCAUAAAUGAGGUCACAGCUUGCAUUGAUUCUCCACAAUUGAGAAUGAAAUAUAUCCGUUUCCCUCAAAAUUUUGCAGAAAGAAAUACAAUUAGAACAAAAUUCUACCAAAAAUUUUGUAUGCCUGGUGUAUUGGGAUGUAUAGACUGCACUCAAAUUGCUAUUAUCAGACCAGCCAUACAUGAAGAAAGAUACUUUUGUAGAAAACACUAUCAUUCAUUAAAUGUUCAGUUGAUUUGUGAUGCAGAAAUGCAAAUAUUAAGUGUAGAUUCUAGUUAUGGAGGUGCAACACAUGACUCUUUUAUAUGGAAUACACAUCCCAUAAAAACCUUCUUGGAAAACCUCAAUGAAUCAACAUGGCUACUAGGUGAUUCUGCUUAUCCAUUGCGAAAAUAUAUGAUGACACCAAUUUUAAAUACUGUUACUGGCACACCCGAGAGUCAUUACACUGACGUCCAUGCUCGCACAAGAAACCUAAUCGAAAGGACAAUUGGACUUCUUAAAGCACGUUUUCGGUGUCUAUUAGUUCACCGCGUGUUACAUUAUACACCAGAGAAAGCAGCAUCAAUUGUUAAUGCUUGCGUAAUCUUACAUAACAUGUGUAAUGAAGCGCAAAUUCCUGUGCUUGAUGAAGGCCAAGUGGGCCAAAUGGAUGAGUCCUCGGUUAAUGUCUUCUACAAUAAUGAAUACUUAAAUAAUGAGCCUCUUCACCAAGGUAUGCUUAUAAGAAACAACCUCGUUCAGCGAUUGUGGCAAUCACCUGAAAAUCAAUUGUAAAAUUAAUAUAAUAAAAAUAGAUACAUUAACAUUCAAACGAAAUAAAUUAUUUUAAAAUUUUCAUUUAAUAAUAAGCAA